UAUCCCAACCCUACAGUGAUUUCAGCUCCAGCUCCACGUUUUCCCACCACCAAGUGAAGUUGCUCCUUGAUCAGAGCAGGAUGUUUACUUCGGGUCCAGCUCUAGACACUAUAUUCCAGCUUCAGCCCCAGAGUAGCUAUCCCAGCGUAUGGGGAUAGGGCUGAAGGUGGAAUCACUGAGGGGCUGGCAUAGUGGUUCUCCAGGUGUAGUGGUGAGGAGUCAGCACUUGGGACUCACUGUGUCCUCUUUUCUUGGCAGCAGCCAUCGGAGAAGACAGAAGAGGCAUCGUGUAGGACAGUGAGGCCAGAGUGAGUGAACAGAGGAGUGGCCUCAGGCUGGAGAGGGGCAAGAGAAAGGCAACGUGGGCAAAGGGACCUCCCCGUUUUCACCAGCUUCCUCCUGUAGAUAAAGAUUUACAUGUGGAUUCUGAGAACAUUUAAAACAUCAGGAGAAACCUCACUCAAACCCAGCAGUCUGUCCCCCAGUCAGAGAGCAGAAGUCACUCUCUGCAGGUCUUACAUUUCAACUAAGGUUACACAGAACUUCUGACUAAGCAUGGAAAGCAACCUCCAGUAUGGUGGGAUUCUAGGACGUUUUCAGCAGCACCGGGAAGCCAAACUCUGUGUAGCUGUGCCUGCAGAGAACUGUCGUUUGGACAGCCAGAACUCAAGGAGCUGAGAAGAGCUGCCUAGCCCCUGCGGGUCGCAGAAUGGCCGGAGGUGACUAUGCGGAAGUUCUCAAGUACUAUGAAUUACACGGAACAGUCGGCACAGGUGGGUUUGCAAAGGUAAAACUUGCGCGGCAUCGUCUCACUGGUGAAAAAGUUGCGAUAAAAAUCAUGGACAAACUUGCUCUACAGGAUGAUUUGCCUCGUGUUAAAUUAGAAAUUGAUGCCAUGAAGGACUUGAGUCACCAGCACAUUUGCAGGUUGUAUCAUGUGAUUGAAACACCUCAGAAAAUAUUCAUGGUUUUAGAGUACUGUCCUGGAGGAGAGUUGUUUGAUUACAUAAUUUCUAAGGACCGCCUUUCCGAGGAGGAAGCUCGUGUAUUUUUUCGGCAGGUUGUUUCAGCAAUUGCUUAUGUGCACAGUCAAGGAUACGCCCACAGGGAUCUCAAACCAGAAAAUUUGCUGAUUGAUGAGGAACAUAACCUGAAGCUGAUAGACUUUGGACUUUGUGCAAAGCCAAAGGGUGGCCUUGACUACCAUCUGAACACAUGCUGUGGAAGCCCAGCUUAUGCAGCACCAGAGCUGAUUCAGGGCAAAGCAUACAUUGGCUCAGAGGCAGAUAUUUGGAGUAUGGGAGUACUGCUGUAUGCUCUGCUGUGUGGUUUUCUCCCCUUUGAUGAUGACAAUGUCAUGGCUGUCUACAGGAAGAUACUGAGAGGAAAAUACAGUAUUCCGAAGUGGCUCUCUCCUAGUAGUACACUGCUCCUUGACCAAAUGCUGCAGGUUGACCCAAAGAAGAGGAUUACAGUCAAACACCUGUUAAGUCACCCUUGGCUUAUGCAAGGCUACUCUGAUGCUGUUGAGUGGCAAAGUAAAUACCCACUGGGACAUCUUGAUGAGGACUGCAUAACAGAGCUUUCUGUGUUUCAUGAGCAGAGCAGGGAGACUAUAAUGGAAUUAAUAACAGAGUGGAAAUAUGACCACAUGUCAGCAACAUACCUCUUGCUUCAAUCCAAGAAGGCUCGCGGCAAGCGUGUGUGUUUAAGGUUUCCAUGUCUAACACAACAUGCCAGAACCAUGCCAUUGGCAGGCCUCAAGUCUGAAAACAUUGUGAUGUGUGAAGACAUGCCAGACUGCAGUGAAAUGCCAUGUGCGUUUGGAUCCAUGGAAUUUUCAGAUACAGCUUCACUGCUUAAAGAAUCUCCUUUAGAAGAAUUUAUUCUAAAUACUCAUGGAACAAAACAGCAUUCAAAGCCUGAUGCUCAAUUGGAUGAUACGGAAUUCACACUGUCAACUCCAGUGACAAAAAAAGUGGCAUCAAAGAAGCAUAAAAACAAAGAGAAUGUAGAGACAGAGCCAGCUUUAAGAAAUGAAAUGCCCUUUGCACUUCCUGCUCCAAAGACUCCUUUUGCGAAGAGUCAGAUUGAGACACAGGAACAAGCCAUACCCCCUCACACACCUGCCUUCAAAGAGAGCCAGUUCACUGCAGUCACCCCAAUUAAACCCACAAACCUGACAAACACAGAUGAAUUCACAGCAGCUGAGGUUCUUCCUGAAAGAAGCAGAUACCACUCAGUGGAAUUAGGUCUCAACCUAGGUCACAUGGAUAGCAGCCAAAAGAAGAGAAAAGCCAAAAUAUUUGGAAGUCUUGAAAGAGGCUUAGAUAAAGUGAUCACAAUGCUUACGCCAAGCAAGAAGAAACGAUGCACUAGAAGUUGUCCAAGGAAACGUAAGGCACACUGCAAUGUUACCAUCACUCACCUACUGAAUGCAGACCAACUGUUGAAUGAAAUAAUCACCGCUCUUUCGAAGAAGCAUGUGGAAUAUGUUCAGAAGGGUUAUACCCUGAAAUGUCGAACACGGUCAGAUUUUGGUAGAGUAACUAUGGAGUUUGAGUUAGAAGUGUGUCAACUCGAUAAAACUGAAGCAGUGGGUAUUUGGCGACAACGGCUUAAAGGUGACGCCUGGGUCUACAAGAGGCUGAUGGAAGACAUCUUAUCUAGCUGCCAAGUGUGAGUGGCAGAGGCUUUUAUCAUGAUGUUUUGGAAAGGUCUGUUCAGAGAAGUAAUUCUUUGUCACAGUCACAGCUAUAUUUGAAAAAUCUGUCAUAUUUCUUCGGUUUUAACCAUCCCUUUUUGUACAUAUGCCUUCUGUACAUUUCCUUUAUUAGGUUCAUAAUAAAUGUUCUGCAACUGCAACUUUUCUGAAGCAAAAUUCUGUAAGCUGUUCCCUCUCUCAUAUAUUUUUCACAUAUCUGGGUUAAAAAAGUAGUGGUGUUUAUGUGCUGAAGCUUUUUGUGCUAUGUCUUCAGUUAUCAAGUGCAUGUGGCACAGAAAUUGUAAUUUGCAUAAUUCUCUUGUCUCUGCUUAAGUAGGAUUUAUUGAGAUCAUUAACUAAGUCACAGCUGUGGUUCCCAGAGUUACACUAUAUGCUCAGUGUUGUACAAAAUAGGACUGGCUUCAAUAAAUGUGAAGUCAAGAGUGCUUGGAUUUAAACUGUGAUCUCAUAUAAAGUGUUGCCGUAUCUCAUUACAAAGCCUCAAUGACACUUAAUAAGCCUGUGCACUUUCUGAUGCUCUCAUGUUAACGUGAUGAUAUAAGGAUCAUUGAAGAACAACAGCACCUUUGAACUGUUGGGAAUGGAGAAGGCAUUUGUCACCCUGACUGUCUGCAAGGAAUCCAGUGACACCUUUAACAGAAUUUAAGCACCGGAAAUAAAACUUGAAAUAUGCAGAACAAGAAAGGACACCUAAGAGGUGGCUGGGGGGUUGGGGUAAUACCUUUAGAAAAUGGUGCGCGUGCUUGUGCUGUCUGUUGUGUGGAUUGUUUAUUUUUGCCUUUAGCUAUGCUUCAGCAGCAACCACAUCCGGCUAAACCCAAGCAACAGCAGUGGGAAGACACAUGUUAAAGCCUUUCUGUAUGCAAAGACAUCCAGUAAUACCUAGACAAGUUGACAGUGUGCUGCAGCUUUUUCUUAAACUACCUGGAGGCAACUGGCACAUGC